AUGAGCCGACAUGGAGUGGUGAUCAGGAGGAGUAGAAGUGAGGGAGAGGACCAGAAGGGAAUUCUUGAUUUUGUAAAAUCUUAUAAACCUCAAAAUAAUCAAGUCGGCAACCUCAGAAUUCUGCUUCAUGGACCAACUGGUGCUGGGAAAUCCAGUUUAAUCAACUCUGUGGAGAGUGCUGUACGGGGCCAAAUAUGUGGGCGGUCCUUGACAGAUGCAGCCUCUGGAUCCAGUUUUACUAAGAAGUACAAAACAUACAAAAUCAAAAAAGACAAUCAGAGCUGCUGCUCUUUUGUUUUCACUGACACCAUGGGCCUCGAGUCUGGAACUGGUGGCAUCCAUGUGAAAGACGUCAAACUCGCUCUGAGGGGACAUGUGGAAGACGGUUACGAGUUCAUUCAUGACUCCCCGCUGACAAAGGAGAAAUUUGGCUACAACUCUUUUCCCUCUCUGUCUGACAAAGUCCAUGUUCUGGUUUUUGUUGUCUCUGCCAACCACAUAAAGAUUAUAGCUGACGAUGUAGUGAAGAAGAUGAAAGAUGUCAGACAGGCAGCAAGUGAUCUGGGUAUCCCACAGCUGGCCAUUCUCACCAAAGUGGAUGAGGCCUGUCCUGAGGUUAAAAAAGAUGUGGACAACAUGUACAAGAGCAAAAGCCUGAAAGAAAAAGUUGACAUAAUCCACAAGCUGCUGGGUAUUCCAUUAAACUGCAUUUUUCUUGUGAAGAACUACAGCUCAGAAAUAGAAACAGAUGAUAAAGUGAAUGUUCACAUUUUGUGUGCACUCAGACAGAUGAUCAACUUUGGAGAAGACUUUGUCAACAACCAGUAG